AAACUCUCUGGUCUUCUGCAGCGCUGAAACGUCACUUACACACCCCCUUUUACGAAUGGUUGUGUGAAAAUAGGGUGUCUUUGGUGAAAAGCUUGCUGGAGCGAGUGAGUAGUUGCUCAAAGAGAAAAGCAAAGCAAAGCAAUAGAACAACAACUAGGAUACAGUUAAGAUAUUAAAGUACCGCUCCGUAAUGUCUGUUACAGUUCUGCGUUCCAAUUUCAGGCAAAGGUCACUCUGCAGAUUACUUGCAGUACAGCAACAUCUGAUGUCUAGUCAGGCAGGGUCAGACAUACUGCUGGAGAGGUCUGGAUGUGCUGGGGUCAUUACCUUGAACAGACCAAAGGCGCUAAAUGCUCUGAACUUGUCUAUGAUCAGACAAAUAUAUCCACAGCUAAAGAAGUGGGAGAAGGACCCUGAAACUUCUAUUGUUAUCAUAAAAGGAACCGGAGGCAAAGCCUUUUGUGCCGGUGGAGAUAUCCGAGCUGUGACAGACGCAGGAAAAGUGGGAGACAGGCUAUCCCAAGACUUCUUCCGGGAAGAAUACAUUUUAAACAAUGCUAUUGGUACCUACCAGAAACCAUAUGUUGCCCUUAUUGAUGGAAUUACAAUGGGAGGUGGUGUCGGCCUGUCUGUACAUGGACGCUUCAGAGUUGCUACAGAAAAGACAAUGUUUGCCAUGCCGGAGACUGGAAUAGGCCUGUUUCCUGAUGUUGGAGGAGGCUACUUCCUUCCCAGACUCCAAGGAAAGCUUGGCCUCUUCUUAGCACUCACCGGCUUUCGGAUCAAAGGAAGGGAUGUUCAACAAGCAGGAGUCGCCAGCCACUUUGUGGACUCAGAAAAGCUGCCUUCCCUAGAGAAAGAUUUGGUGCAACUGAAGACUCCAUCCAACACAGAUGUGGCAGGUGUAUUAAAUUCGUAUCAAGCACAGAGCAAGCUUGAUGAUGGAAAGCCAUUCAUCCUAGCAGAGCACAUGGAUCAGAUCAAUAGACUGUUUGAAGCUAGCAGUGUCGAGGAUAUUAUGCAGAAAUUGAACGAGGACGGCUCAUCAUUUGCACUGAAGCAGUUAGAGACUCUUAAAAAGAUGUCUCCUACAUCUCUGAAGAUUACUUUCAGGCAACUGCAAAAUGGAGCCUCCAUGAGCCUGCAAGAGGUCCUAGUUAUGGAGUAUAGGCUUAGCCAAGCAUGCAUGAGGGGUCAUGAUUUCUAUGAAGGAGUGAGGGCAGUGCUCAUUGACCGAGACCAGAGCCCGAAGUGGAAGCCGGGAGUAGUGGAGGAGGUGACUGAGGAUUUGGUGGAUGGCUGUUUCAAGUCCCUUGGAAGCAAUGACCUGAAGCUGUGAUUCUUUCAUCCAGAUGGGAGUACACACUGGGAGCUCUGCAUUAAGCAUCCACAGUUCCCUUGAUUACCCUUCUCCCAUGAACAGAAGCAUUAACAGAUGUAUACCAUCACCAAGCAUUUAAGAGCCAUUUGAAAUUGUCAUUGCGGAUGUAGGGCUAUAUUUUCAAAGCGCUUUCUCCGGCCUUUAGAACGCAUAUUUUUUUAAAGAGUUAGAACACGUAGAAUCAGACCACUUAAGUUCUAUAUUUCUUAGCAUAUUUCAAGUCUUUAAUGUCUUUUGUUUUUCAUUUUGUAACAGUAACAUGUUUCUUUUUCUCCUUUAAAAAAAAAAAAAAAAGAGUCAAUUAAAUAAUGGAGGAAACACUUUGAAAAUAUGUCCAGUACAGUGGAAGACCGCAGCUAUGCAUCAGUGUAGUUCCCGGUGACGCCAAUUGAAGCAGUUGAGGAACAAAUAAAUUACUUUACAGCUUUAUUAUGUUUGUUAGCAGGGUCUGUGUACGUUCCCUAAAUGUACAGUAUGAACAAAUACAGCUGUUGGGUGUAAUAAACCACAUUCAUUUCAA